AUGUCCGUACAUGUCAAGGAAGAACCUUUGCUUGUGCCAAACUGCUGCAAUGUCGAGAAUCCAGAGCUUGCAGUUUUCAAUGGAAAUGGGGAAAACGAGCUUGAGGAUUUCGGGACUUGCGUAGACGUUCUUACUGCGAGAGUAACUCAGCUUGAGCAAAAAGUUGUGGAGGUUGAACAGUUUUACUCUACCAAAGAUGGAGCAGCUCAAACAAAUACUUCUAAGAGUAACUCGGGCGGGAAAAAGAUCGCUAUUUCACAACCAAACAUCUCCAAGUGUAACUCAGCAGGGAAAGAAAAAACAAAGGGAAAACAUGUUUCUAGCCCUGAACUUAUGCGCCAAUUUGCAACAAUUUUUCGACAGCUUGCUCAGCAUAAAUGGGCAUGGCCGUUUUUGGAACCUGUUGAUGUUAAAGGACUUGGACUCCAUGAUUAUUACAAGGUUAUUGAGAAACCAAUGGACUUGGGAACGAUCAAAAAUAAAAUGGAGAGUUCGGGGUAUAGCAAUGUCCGGGAGAUAUAUGCUGAUGUUAGACUAGUUUUCAAGAACGCGCUGAGAUAUAACGAAGAAAAAGAGGAUGUCCAUGUGAUGGCUGAAUCUCUGUUGCAGAGAUUUGAAGAGAAAUGGCUUCUCAUAAUGCCUAAACUCGUCGAAGAGGAAAAGAAACAAGCAGAAGAAGAAGCUGAGGGUCGUGUGAAUAAACAGCUUGCUCUGGAGGCUGCUCAAGCGGACAUGGCUAGGGAAUUAAGCAACGAACUAUAUGAGAUCGAUAUGGAGCUGGAGAGACUCCGAGAAACAGUAGUUCAGAGAUGCAGAAAACUGUCUACUCAAGAAAAGAAGGGACUUUCUGCAGCUCUAGGCCGACUCUCUCCUGAGGAUCUGUCCAAGGCGUUAAAAAUGGUUUCUGAGAGCAACCCGGAUUUCCCGGCUGGAGCACCAGAAGUCGAGCUUGACAUCGAUGUUCAGUCUGAUGUUACUUUGUGGAGACUGAAGGUGUUUGUGCAAGAAGCACUGAAAGCAGCUAACAAGAGCUGUGGAGGAACAAACGCCCCAAACAAUAACAAUACUGGAGAGAUUAACAAGAACAAUGCGAAAAGACGAAGAGAGAUCUCUGAUGCGAUAAAUAAAGCUUCAAUUAAAAGAGCUAAGAAGGCUUGA